CGCUCCUCCCACAUUUCACCCCUCUUCCCAUCUGAUAGCCUCCAUCAUCCCCGUCGGUCUGUUGUGAUCCUUCACCUAUACCCAUCCCUGUCCGAUGAUCUAAUCGCUCAUACUUCAUGCUCCGCCAGGCCGUCCGAGGAGCUCGGUGGUAUCAGCAUGUGGCCCGCGGACGCCCGUCUUUGCCGCGAGCAUUCUCCGCUGUAGCGCCGCGCUCCAUUCACUUUGGCGGUCCCAACAACAAAAUCACCUUCUACGAACAGGAAACUCGCGGGAGCAAGACAAGGAGAAGAGUCGACCCGGAGGCGGAUCAGCGCGCCGACCAGAAGGAUGUCGAGGACGAGCUGACCCGGUUGAACGAAGAGCUCGAGGCUUUGAAAGAUCCUUUCGGCCCCGACAGUCAGUUCAUGCGAGAGCUGCCCGAAAAGGACCGGGCUAUUGCGCUAGAGGCACUGCGAAAACAUGCCACAGAGGAAGAUGAGGGAGUCGACGUCAGCAUGAAGGACCUCUACGACAAAGAACUCGACGAUCUUAUAAAGGAGGAAUUCGACGGCAUGGUCAAGGAGGAGGAGAACUGGCAGUCAGACGAGGAGGACGAAGAUGCCCCUAAACCGGUUGUCCUACGCCCUUAUGAAGUUGAAUCGAAGGACUCGGACCUGCAACCAUACGUCGACAAGUUCAACGGAUGCCUCCGACGGAUCGCGAGUGGUGACUCCCAUAUGCGCUGGCAGCAGGAUCUGUGGAAGUGGUACCGCCGGUGCAAGCAGGUCGUUCCUGGGUUUCUGGAGUCGAUCUCGGAUGAGACGUUGAAUCUCCUGUGGGAUUCUCUGGCUCCGAAAGGAUCCACGAAGCCUCAGGAAGCGGCACGUAUACGCACACUGGCUCAAGACGCGAUGUCGGCUGGCCUAUCUCUUUCCACGCCUCGGAUCCUCUCUUACAUCGAAACCCUCCAUGAAACCGAAGAUACUCAAGCGGCGCUAGAUCAGUGGGAAGCCUAUCAGGCAGACCUCUGCCAGAGCAAGGAAGACUUGGAGGCAUACUGGAAACUAGGAGUCCGGCUCUUUGCGGCGGAAGACGACCCUCAGCGCGCGCAGGAUAUCGCCCUGGCCUUCCUAGCAAACGAUAAGUCGCGCCGACCGCAUAUCCUUAUCCCGGUCAUCACGGCCUGGGGUCGACGCUCUGGGAAGGAGGCGGAAGUCAAGGCGUGGGCGCUAUAUUUGCAACUGAAAACGUUCCUGGAACGGAAUAUGACCAUGGAUGACUAUGACCAGGUCAGCAUCGGGUUCCUCAAGGCGGGCCGGCCGGGUCUCGCCAUCGCCGUAUUCAAGGAUAUGAUGGUGACCGGGGAUCCCCGGCACGACUCGACGUCCCUCUACAAGGCCGCCGUCGGCUUGGUUGGCAACCUCCAAGCGUCCAGUGUCUCCGAACAGGAUGUGAACAGGGUCUCCCUUUCGACCCUGACUGUCCUGCCCCUGAAAUUCCAGAAUCGGUUCUUCUACGCCAGCUGGAUGAAGAAGCUGAUCGGGAUGGGCGAGGUCGAUUCGGCCGCCAUGGUCAUUGAGUUGAUGUACGAACGAGGCGUCAAGCCCGAUGCGAAGCACCUCAACGGCGUCAUCGCCGCCUGGCUGCGUGACGGAAGCAGUUCCGCUCAAGAAAAGGCCGAACGCCUCGGCUGGGCCAUGGUCCAGCAACGGAUCGACCUGGUUUGGACACGCGCAAACUCGCCAGAGGAAGCUCCCCGACUCGACGUCAACCCUAGUGCAGAGAGCAUCCGCAUGCCCGAGUUUAUGAAACGACCGAUGCCUGCCGCAACCAUUGAGACCUUCUCGAUCCUCCUGCUCCACUACACGCGGAGGAGCGAUGACGGCAUGAUCAAGUACCUUGUGAAAUGCUUGGGCGAUGCCCGGAUCCAACCGAACUCUUACUUCAUGAACCACCUCCUCUACGCAGAGCUCCGCAAACAAGACAUCGGGUCCCUCUGGACCAAGUACCAGACCCUGUCGGCCUCGACCCAGCCGGAUCUGGAAACGUACGCCUGCCUCUGGGACUGCGGCAAGCUGCAAUAUGAUCGCGGCCGGACAGCCUAUGUGACCGGCUUCCCAUCCGCCCGCCAUCUCUUCUCGGACAUGAUGCGAUGGCGCGCCCGGCUUCCCGCCCGCGGGCAGACCACUGUGCGGGAGGACUUUUCCAAGGAGCUAUACGACCAGAUCAUUCGAUGCUUCUGUCUCUCAAAGGACCUCCCCGGCACGCUCGUAGCCUUAUACUCGAUGCGGGCCCUGUUCGGGUUCUUCCCAGACGAUACCACGGCGCGGCUGAUCGUCCUGCAGGUCGCGCGACUCGCAGGGGUGCCCGCCGAUACGCCCAAACGACGUCUCCGUCGGCUGUCCAGCACGCCCAAAAGCAAGGAGAACAUCGGGCACGUGAACCGGCUGGUGGAAAUCCUCAGUGAUCGCAAGCUGGGGGCUCUCGCGGCGCGGGGGCUGGAACUAGAUGAUCUCGAACCCUAUGAGCGCGAGCAGUACCAACUGGAGGUAAUGGCCGAGCUGCUGCGGGUGGUGAUGGGGCGGACGGCAGGUGACACAGUUUCGGUAGAGACACAGAUUGCGGCGGUGGCUGAGGAGAUGGGGGUGAGGGAGCUGGAUCUGGGGGAGUCUGUCGAGGCUGAUGACUUGCUUUUGUGAGAGGUAAACAAAGUAACGGGGACCUGCAGAAGGGUUCCCAAGCAUGGCUGGCGUUUCGGUCUUUCCUGUGUAUGUAUAUAAAAAGGUAGACAUUGUGGUAUAUGCAUGUAUUAUAGAAGUUCUUCUCUUGGGUCGCAGUCAGACAAUCAUACUACUAAUAAAUACAAUGGGUGUCCUAUCCGAAAUGAUAGGCAGUUCCACA